UCUCCCCCCCACCACACUAGUGCAGUGCGCGCCAUUUUCCGCGUUCCUGCUCUGCCUCCUCGCCUCGUCCUCAUCUCCCGCCCCGCGCCUCUGCUCUGCUCCUCGUACAGAGCAAGCUUAACUAAAGCUCGAGCCACCAAAGAGAAAGCACAGCAGCGCACGCAUUCCUCCCGCAGGAGCCAUGGGGCCGCGCCACAAGUUCCGGCUGUCAGACAUGAUCCCGAACGCGUGGUUCUUCAAGCUCCGGGACAUGCGCGCGCGGGGCGGGGGCGGCGCCGCGGCCAGCCCCCGCGUGGCCGCGCACGCCGCGUCGCGCACGCCCCCGACCACGCCGAGGCACGGCCACGGAGCGCCCGCCGCCGCCGCCGCCGCUCCGUGGCUCCCGCACAGGGCGUCCCACUACUACACGCCGCGGGCGGGGGACCUCGUCCUGGGCUCGCCGCUGCGCCCCAAGGCCUCCGACACGCGCUUCCCGCCGCUGCAGCUGUCGCCGCCGCGCCGGUCCAGGCGCCGCCACCGGAGGCGGUCCGCCGUCAAGCUGCCGCCACCACCCUCGGCCAGCAGCAGCGGCGGCGUGGCGUCCUCGCCGGCCUCCACCGCCUGCCGCUGCGGCCGCCGGCCCGAGCUCGUGGUGGCCGAGGCGCCCGAUACCCCGCCGUGCCGCCGUGACGUCUUUGUCGGUUACAGCAGCGACGACGACGAAUACGUGAAGAAACCGACGGCUGCCGUCCGCGCCCACGACAAGCUCUACGCCCAAGUGAUCACCUCCGCCACGGACAUCGUCAUCGACCUGCGGACCAAAAGGAGGCCCGAAAAGACGCUCCCGCCGAUCAUGACCAAGACCAGACCGGCGAAGCCCGACGUAUUCCGGCUCGAGGACAAGCACGUCGACGUCCUCGCACACGCGGCCCGACGAGCCUCACCUGUCCCCGAACAGGGCAAGCUCAGACCGAGGCGGUCCGUGUCGUCGGCGCGCCGCCUGAAAACGCGCGCGAACACUCCGCGCUUAGCAUCGUCCAUGAAGUGCAAGUCGCCCACGACGGCCACGCCGCCGACCAAGCCGCCGCCUCUGGCUGAGAGCUUCGCGGUGGUCAAGUCGUCGCGGGACCCGAGGCGGGACUUCCGGGAGUCCAUGGAGGAGAUGAUCGUCGAGAACGGGAUCCGCACCGCCACCGACCUCGAGGACCUCCUCGCGUGCUACCUGGCCCUCAACGCCGCCGAGUACCACGACCUCAUCGUCGAGGUGUUCGAGCAUAUCUGGGUCACACUCUCUGACGCCAAGCUGUAGCAGAGCUCAUGCAAAAUGCAACCGCACUCUUGCGUGGUCAAGUAAACGAAACCAAGCGUGGUGGUUGUAACUCGUAGUUACAUUCCUGUUAAUGGUCCAAAAUUAGGUAUGCAGAUUAGCUGAUAUUUGCUAAUCCUGCGAAACCAAUCAUAUCUAAAUCUUUGCUCGCAAUAAGGUGAAUAUGAACAACACACGAAGCAAAGAACGCAAGAACACGUGAUUUUAUUCAA